AAUUAUCAUAAAUCUUUGGGAAAUUCCAAGAAACAAUUUUGGGUUGAUUUAACCCAAAGAGUGAAUGAAAUUGCUAAUAGCAAUUUUUCUGUUGUCGAAUAUGACAACUUAAAGUUGUUAAGGUCAGAAGAUGAUAGGGAAAAGAAGGGUAAAUUAGCCUUUCAAUAUUAUGAAUUAUUCAAUACUUGUUUUUGGGAUCCUCCUCAUGAUGAAUACGAUAAUAAAUUCUAA